CGCGAGGAGACCAGUGCCACAGUGCCGCUGCUGGGAGGCUGCCGCGCGACCUGGCACUCCCACGGCAUGGUCUUGCCUCGCCUCCCUCACUCCCAGGGGCGAUAGUCUCCCGCGUGGCCCCCGCACCACCACACCACCACCACAUCACCACCACCACAAUCACCACACCACUACCACCGCCACCAAUGCGUAAAGAGAGAUAGAAAGCGGAAUUUACGACUUCAGCUGGAUAAAUAGUUCAGGAGGAGAAGGAGGAGGAGGAGGAGGAAGAGAAGAACUGGCAGGAGGAGGAGGAGGAGGAAGAGACUUGAAGUGAAAGAUGGAACAUUUGUGUCUUGUAGGAAGAAGGAAGACCUUUUGACAAGAUCACGUCGGGAACUGGUGGAGCUGAGAAAGGUCGAGGUGGCGUCAUGGGCGCGGCGGGGUGGCCAGGCAAGGCGUGGGCGACGUGGGCGGCGUGUGGGGCAUGGGUGGCCGCCGUGAGUCUGGGGGGCGCCGUGCCUGGGGUGGCGGGGGCGGGGGUGCAGCUGGAUGGGGACUUGACUGGGGGGCUGUUCCCUGUGCACGAGAAGGGUGACGGCACGCCCUGCUCCACUGCGGUGUAUGACAGAGGGCUGCAGAGACUGGAGGCCAUGCUGUACGCCGUGGACCUCAUCAACAAAGACCCUUUUCUCCUCCCUAACGUGACCCUGGGCGUGCACAUCCUGGACACCUGCUCCAAGGACACAUACGCCCUCAACCAGUCCCUUGAGUUCAUCCGUGUAUCCCUCAACGCCCUGGACACCUCGGGGCUGGAGUGCGGGGACGGGCGGCCGCCGAGGGUGAAGUACCGCGCCAAGCCAGUCCGCGGCGUGGUGGGCGGGUCUUACAGCUCCGUCAGCCUGCAAGUCGCCAAUCUGUUCCGCCUGUUCCACAUUCCGCAGGUCAGCCCGGCGUCCACCGCGCGGGCACUGUCAGACAAAACGCGGUAUGAGUUCUUUGCGCGGACAGUGCCCCCCGACACGUACCAGGCAAUGGCCAUAAUGGACGUGAUGCAGCUGUUUAACUGGUCAUACAUCUCAACCAUCCACUCCGAGGGGUCCUACGGGGAGUUUGGCAUAGAGGUGAUCCACAAGCUGGCGGCGGAGCGUAACGUGUGCAUUGCUGUGUCUGAGAAGAUCCCUCACAACGCUGACCACCAGGUGUACAAUGCGGCCCUUGGGAACCUCAUGAAGAAGCCCUCCGCCCGCGCCGUGGUUCUCUUCACCCGCGCAGAGGAUGCCAGAGAAGUCCUGAAAGCAGCACGGCGCCUCAAUCUGACCUCCUACUUCCACUGGGUUGCGUCAGACGGGUGGGGGAAGCAGAGUCACCUAGUGGAGGGGCUGCAGGAGGUGGCUGAAGGCGCUAUUACCGUUGAGCUGACCAGUGACGUUGUCAAAGGCUUCGACACGUACAUGAGCCGCCUCACGCCGGAGACCAACACGAGGAAUCCCUGGUUUAAAGAGUACUGGGAAAAAUUUUUCGGCUGUCACCUUAGCAAGAUCCCAGGCAGUGACCUUUCCUGUGGGCCUGACCUUAGGAUAACGAAGGAGGCAGGCUAUCAGCAGGAUCCCAAGGUUCAGUUUGUGGUGGAUGCCGUGUACUCCUUUGCCCACGCCCUCUCCCACCUGCAGCAGAGCCAGUGCCCCGAUACAGCCACCGUGUGUGACGCAAUGAGCAACUAUGACGGUGGGGACUUCUAUAGAGAGUACCUGCUAAACGUGUCAUUUAAAGGCGUGGUCGGUUCGCAGGUGAAGUUCGACGAGGUGGGGGACGGUCCUGCACGCUACACUAUCUACAAUUACAGAAAGAUUCCUGGCACUUCUGUCUACAACUACAGCGUCGUGGGGAGCUGGUACAGUCGCCUGGACUUGAACCUUAGUGAAGUGUCCUGGGCUAACGAUACCACCACUGUGCCCACGUCAGUCUGCUCCCAUCCCUGCCAAGUUGGGGAGAUCAAGAUUGUACAGCAGGGUGACACAUGCUGCUGGAUCUGCACGCCUUGCAAGGAUUGGGAGAUGAUGGUGGAGGAGUCCUUAUGCCUUGACUGCGGACCUGGACGAUGGCCCUACGACAACAAAUCCAGCUGUUACGACCUCCCUCACCAGUACAUGCGUUGGACCUCAGUGUUCGCGCUGGUCCCCGUCGGUAUCAGCUGUCUGGGUAUCGUUCUUACACUCACAGUCAUCGGGAUCUUUGGCAGACACGAUGACACCCCAAUAGUGAAGGCGUCAGGCAGGGAGCUCUCCUACAUGCUUCUCUGUGGCAUUCUUGUGUGUUACCUCAAUACGUUCCUGUUGCUGGCAAGACCCGGGGCUGUCAUAUGUGCCCUGCAGAGGUUCGGAGUCGGGUUCGGUUUCUCCAUGAUCUACGGGGCAUUGCUCACGAAGACGAACCGAAUCUCACGAAUAUUCGACUCUGCUUCUCGCUCCGCCCGUCGCCCAGGUUUUAUCAGUCCCAAGAGCCAAGUGGUCAUCACCUGUUCUCUUGUAUCCGUGCAGGUUGUGGCGACAGUGGUGUGGCUUGUCAUAGAGACCCCGGGCACACGGUUCGAGUACCCGACAAGGGAGCAGGUGAUACUGAAGUGCCGGAUAAAGGACUCGUCUUUUCUCCUCUCCCUCAUCUACAACAUGUUUCUCAUCACCACGUGCACAGUCUACGCCGUGAAGACCCGCAAGAUUCCUGAAAACUUUAACGAGAGCAAGUUUAUUGGGUUUACAAUGUACACUACCUGCAUUAUAUGGCUCGCCUUUGUCCCUAUAUACUUCGGCACGGGAAAUUCAUAUGAGGUGCAGAUCACGACUCUGUGCGUGGCCAUCUCCCUUUCCGCCUCCGUGGCUCUCUUCUGCCUCUACUCACCCAAAAUCUACAUCAUCGUGUUUCACCCCGACAAGAACGUGAGGAAGCUGACCAUGAACAGCGCCACGUACAAGAAGUCACACCCGGUCUCCAGCGCGGCCUCCAUCAACCACGGGUCGGAGGGCGUGAAGCUACAGACAGUGCCGGGGACGCCCUCACGCACUGCGACGGAGGGAGGCAGUCAGAGCAUGGAGAAUGAGGCGCUGCUGUGAGGAUACCAGAAGUCGUACGUGCCCUAUGAGUAUCCUUACUACCACCACCACCACAACCGUCAGAGUCUUACGUAUCCUAUAGGGAGUAAGGAAGGAGUGCAGGUGACAAGCAAGGAGUGGCAGGACUAAGGGUGAUGCCUAGCUGACACAGGAGGGUUGAUGUGUAUCCUUCGAGUGUCCUUCGGGUAUCCUUCACCACCACCACCACCAUCACCACCACUACUACUACUGCUACUACUAUUUCUAAGUGGAACGGCAAGAAAUAUCGAUUGUGGUGGCAGAUUUCGCUAUUACCACCACUACUACCACCACCACUACUACCACCACCACCACCACUACUACCACCACCAAUGCCUUCCGCUCCAUUCCCAGGACCUCUUUAGCGCCACUGCCACUCCUUCCCCUCCCACUCCGCCUCCUCCUCCUCCUCUUCUCCAGUGUACCCGACCCCCCACUCUUCCCCUCACCGCAUCACCACACCUGCUUCUCCCAGCCCCCUCGUGGUGAUGUCAAGUGAUGUUAGGUGAUGUUGAGCCCACGUCAUAUGCAGGUGUUGUUGCGUCAGUGAUGUGAAGCGGAACGCCAACAAAUAUGCAACUUAAUAUACAAAGCACUGUAAAAGAGUAUAACAAACAAACAAACAAACUAACUAACAAACAAUAACUAGUUCUGUAAUGUUUCUCUUCUUUUCCCUCUCUUCCUCCUCUUCCCCCCAUACGAGUAGCUCCCCCUCCUUUCCUCUCUCUCCCUCCUUUCACCCCAUCUGCAGCCCCCACCACACAACCCGGCGCCUCCUGACCUCUAAAGGCUUCUCAAGGUCACCCACAAACAGUGACCCCCCCUUGAGCCUGCACGUGGUGGUGGUGAAGCUUCAACUCCUGACGGUGAAGCCUCGAAACAGUAACGGAGCUUGUGUCUCGAGCAGGCGGCCAUUACAACAUUCCGAGGACCUGCAGAGGGCAACGUGUCCCUCCGUCAGCGUCUCCUACAGGCAGUGAGACUCGGGUGCCAUCAUAUCAUUACUGUCUAGACUAAAUGAAGUAGAUAGAUUCGAAGCUUCACAAGACGAGACGAGGCGAUGUGUGGACUGUCUCAUGUCGUGUGGAGUUGUUAUGGAAAUUCCUGUGUUCUCGUGUGACUCCUCUCUCCCCCUCGCUGGAACACGCUGGAUGUGGACCAAUGGACGAGUGAAAUCCUCCUUGAUCGUUUUAGACGUUGGGACGAGGGAAGGAAGCCUGGUGAGGUAGAGACACACAGAGACAGGCAGGUUUGAAAGUGAGAACCGUGCUUACAGAUAGAUGUUUGGUGGAAAAGACGAAUAUAGUGUUUGUAAGUGAAAUGAUAUGUGGUUAAAGAGAUGCUGACGAGAGAGAGAGAGAGAGAGAGAGAGAGAGAGAGAGAGAGAGAGAGAGAGAGAGAGAGAGAGAGAGAGAGAGAGAAAAUUACAAAUGAAACAAAUAUCAAGACACACACAGGUAUAUAAGUAUAUACACCAAAAAUUACCUAACUAGUGAGUGAAAACACAGAAAAUAAAUACAAAAGAACCAGGAUACGAUAACAGAUUUCUUCCGAUGGUGCCAAACGGAACGAGUGGGAAGGAAAGACGAGACGGGAGAGAUGGAACAGAAAAUGGAGUGUGAGCUUUAAAAGGGUGACUCUGACGCGCAGUGCCACGUGCCACGAAGUCUACCCCCAUCCCAUCUCCCCCCACAGUCUCGCCCCUUCAACUCUGACCUUCAGUGAUGCGUGAGAGACAAAAAAACCCUUACUGGUUUGUGAUAAGUAUUAGAGAUGACUAGUAUAGGUAAGGAAUAUUUCAACAGAUGCUAGGAUGGGAAGGAAAAAGGUUUGUCUUGGUAAAUGCAGUACUUGGAAAGGGAGGUUUUAUGAUAGUACUUACAAGGGAUUUGGUUGAAGUACUUGAAAGUAGAAUAUAAGUACAGUACAGAUGCAUCUUAUUAAAGAAAGUACUUAGAUGUUACUGGAGUUGGAGGAAAGGGAAGAGAAAAGGCUAGGUUGAUAAAGACAGUACUUAGAAAGGCUGGACUUGAUGACAAAAACAAAACAACACAAAGGGAAGAUUAAUAUAAUACUUAGAAAUGAGAAUUACUGUUGUAUCUGGGAAUACUUAAAUUAAUGCCAACUGGUGGUGCAAAAAAAAAAAAAAAAGUAAAGGAUGAUAGUAAUACUGGAGAGAAUAACUGAAGCAUCCAUCUGUUAAAUAUUCAAGUGGAUAGUCUUGGUGAUGCAGGAAGGGAAGGAGAAAAGCGGAUUCGGGUGAAAGAGAAAGAAAAUUAUGAGAGAAAUAAUGACACUGGAGAUGCAAAACGAGAAUGAUGUUAGAACUUGGAAAUUAAAAUGAAAAACCAGGUAUAUUUGCUGCAAGAGAAAUACUGAAGUGGAAGAGAAAGGAAGAAAAUGAAGGCAAAAACAAAUGAUACUGACAAAACAAAUAAAAGGAAGAAUGACAGAGCUUGGAAAUGAGAACGAAAAAAAUAAGUAUGAUUGCUACAAGAGGAAUACAUAAAUGGAAGAGAAAGGAAGAGAAUGAUAAAGAGAAUAAAUAAUCUUGGUGAUACAGAACGAGAAUUAUGAUAGAAAUAAAAAUGAAAAGCCUGCUAUCUUUGCUACAAGGAGGGUGUUUACGUGGAAAUGUGUGUGUGUGUGUGUGUGUGUGUGUGUGUGUGUGUGUGUGUGUGUGUGUGUGUGUGUUUCAGGCGAGAACUUGAUUAAAGGGAAAAGAAAGAGAAUAAUGGUAGAAAUACAUAGAUGGUAUUGAUGUUGCAGUAAAGACAGUGAUGGUGGAACUUAAGGGAGAACUUAAAUAAAAAAGGAAAGAUUGCUAGUACUUAGUGAAAUGAGUAUAAUGAACAAGGUGAAGUGAACAAAGUGAAGUGUAAGUGUCCACCUCCCUCACUCACCACUCACUCACUCACUCACUCACUCAUCACACAACAUAUCAACUCAGUCACGGAAGAUUAAAACCGUGGCGUAACCUAAGUAAGAAUGUCGCUUAAUUAAAAACAAAAAAAAUGUCUCUUUUUAAACACUCUCACAAUUUUUCCUUAGCCUAGAAUAUUAACGCUUAACAAAGAAAACAUAUAUAUAUAUAAACACCACUUCCCUUUCUCUGUUGAUUCUCUUAAGGAUUGCCAACUCUAUGGUGCUGUUUGGUGUGUGAAGGUCACUCUUGUCACGACCUGUCUGGCUGUCCCCGUAGCAUUAAGGUGACACGUGAGGUGACCUGCAGAAGUCACGAUAUCUGUUGUGAUGACCAGGCCUCCUUGUGUGACGGUGACCUGGCGUGACCUAGCGUGACCUGGUGUGGCCCUAGCUCCCCCGGUCAUGUGUCUACCCAGUUGACAUCUCUCUGACCUUGAUGUCUACUGGUGAUAAUACUGCUGAUAAUAAAAGUAGUGAUGUAAUGCUAAUACUACUGCUACUACUGUUACUUCAAGAUGAUAAUGUUUAAUGAUAAUAAUAAUGAUAAUAAUAAUAAUAAUAAUAAUAAUAAUAAUAAUAAUAAUAAUAAUAAUAAUAAUGAUAAUAUGUUAACUAAUUAAUGAGCCUCUUGGAACGGGUUUGGUAGCUACGCCUCUUGUAUAAUAAUAUUCCUCUUCUUCUUCUUCUUCUUGUUGUCGUGCCUCGUAGCAAAUCUCUGCCUCCCUAUUGGCUGCUGACUCGUCCAAUCGCCGUGCACGUCUUCUGAAACUGAGCCCACAGGGGGCGUGACGGCGGCUGGCUACUCGCUUCCCCCUUCAGAGAGAGAGAGAGAGAGAGAGAGAGAGAGAGAGAGAGAGAAUGACUUUUUGUUAUGUACUUAUUGUUAGAUGUUAACUUAGAUAAACUUUAGAGAGAGAGAGAGAGAGAGAGAGAGAGAGAGAGAGAGAGAGAGAGAGAGAGAGAGAGAGACGUAUUACCACCCCGCUCUCUCUCCAACCACUCCCUACCCCCCCAAAAACACCCCCCACCCCCCCGCACAAGACUGUACAUAGCCAAUGAGUAAGUCGUGAAUUAUUGUCGUAAGUUAACAGCCACCAUUACAGACGCACGCUCCCACAAUGCACUUUAGAGGACCCGCGCGUCUAUCUGCACAAACCAAUACGUCGAAGCUUCUUACCCUGUGGUUCGCUGGUUCACUCGUAGACUUAAGUAUAGAACGGUUCGAUUUUCUUUUCUUUUUUUUUUUUCAUGGAUUUGUGGGUUGGUUCUUGGUUUCUUGUCUCUUUUACUUUCUUUUUUUUUUAUUUUUUUUCUUACUUGCUUUUCUUUGUCUUGUGUUUUUCUGUCCGUGUUUUUUUUCAUUUUUUCUUAAGUGUUUUUUUUUUCGUGUUUUCUUUGUGAUUUUUUUUUUUCGAUUCUUUUAAUUUUCUUGUGUGUUUUUGUGUUUUUUUAUAGUUUUCUCUUAUUUUCGACUUUUGUUGUUGUUGUUGUUGUUGUUGUUGGUGUGUGUGUGUGUGUGUGUGUGUGUGUGUGUGUGUGUGUGUGUGUGUGUGUGUGUGUGUGUGUGUGUGUGAUUUUCUUCUUUUGUAUUAGAAAUGAGAGUUUUUUUCACAUCUAUUCUUUUUUUAUCCUCAUUUUUUGUUUUCUUUUAAAUUUCCUUAUUUUUUUUUUUAUCUUCGAACUUUCUUCUGCUUUUCGAAUCAACAUCUCUUCCUUACCUCCUCCUCCUCUUUCUCUUCCUCUUCCUUCCUACUGCUUCUUCCUCUCUUCCUCCUCUUCUUUUCUUCUUCCUCCAAUCUUGUGUAAUUACUUUCUGCUUCCUUUUAUCGCUUUUUAUCGUUCCUUUUCCUUUUCUUUUCUUUUUUUUUUUUACUUCUCUUUAGUGUGUGUGUGUGUGUGUGUGUGUGUGUGUGUGUGUGUGUGUUUAAGCCGUCAAGGAAAAAUAUUUGAAUUGUGGGUUUAAAAAAAUUCACGCAGGUGUAAAUAAUAAAUUGUUGCCCUGAAGAAAAAAAAAAGAGAAAAAAAAAGAGAAGAGCGAAGCGAAAUUGGCCAUGAAACAAAAAGGAAAAAAAAAAAAUAAACGUGGCAUAUAAUUAUGAAACGUUUAGGGAAAAAAUAUAUAUAUAUGCGGUGGACGUGAAUAUAUUUCCUUUCAUUUUUCCUGCUCUUUUUUCCCUCUUUUUACGUUAUAUCGAGUCAUUACAUUGCCUAACUGAAUUACUCAACACGUGUAGCAUUUUGGCAGUAACAGUACAUCGUUUUUACACAUUUACUCACGCCAGGAAACGUUUCAGUACAAUUAACGUUUUCAUUUUACCGCUCGCUGGGAAAUCUGGUGGUGGUGUCACUAAAAUCGUGUGUUCCAGCGGUGAAGUGAAGGGGGUUUGUAUUGAGGUGACUUUGUACGAUAACUGCCACUGGUAAACGUGACACCAGUGAGUUUGAGUUUCAGUGGGGAAUGUUGGGAAUGUUUUACUUAGAUCAAACUUUUAUUUUCGUCUUUUUUUUUUUUUUGUUUUAUGAAUGGUGAAGUGAAGGGUUUGUGGUAAGGUGACCUUGUACGAUAAUUACCACUGGUAAACGUGACACCAGUGCGUUUGAGGUAUAUCAAACUUUAAUUUUUCCCAAUGUCUUUCUAUUUAGUCAGUAAAAUCGUAUCUUUCAGUGGUGAAGUGACUUUGUAUAAUUAGUUCUACAUCAAAACAUUACUCCAUUACAGUUAUCAUUGUAAUCGGAAAUGUUUCUCUCAGUCAGACAUUUCAUUUGUUUCACUGUCACUCUAUCCGGCAGGGAAAAUCAUUUGUCUUAUUGUUGAAAUGGAGAAGAGGAGUGAAGUGACUUGCUACGUUCACUUCUGAGCGUAACAACAAUACAGUUUCAGUCACGCUGGGAAAUUAGAGCCUUGAGCGUUUUAAUUUAGUAUUUCUCGUUAUAAGAUCUAGUCCGCCUCACUUUACCUGUACUUAAUUAAUGCGGCGACAAAGUUACAUAGGUAUUAUUUCCUUUUAUUUAUCCACUGCCUCGUGUAUUUCACCUCUAGUUCAUUUAAAAGUUAUUAUGUCUUCUAAAUUUUCUGCUUUUUCUAUUGUAUCGUUUAUUCUUUCCUCCGUUCGCUCGUUCAUUUCACCUGUAGUUCAUUUAUACCUCUUAAAAAUUACAUGUCUGCUUAAUCAUUUCGUUCCAUUCACCUGUUCACUCAUGUAUCUUACCUGCACAUCAUUCAUACAUCUAAAAAUUUACGUUUUUUUUAUCUUUUACCAUUGAUUUAUUCUCUAUUAAUCUCUUCUGUCGUUCAUUUCACCUGUAAUUCAUAAAAAGUCACAUGUUUUAUUAAUUUUCACUCUAUUUACUCUCUCUUCACCUGUUCACUCAUCUAUCUUAUCUGUUUUCAUUAAUACGUUUGAAAAAUUAUCUUCUUAUGUUCCUACUGUGUUGUCUGGUUUGUCUGUCCACCUCUUCACUCGUUCAUCUUACCUGCCUUUCAUUCACGGCCUCUCCUGCUCAGUCUCGCCAUCCUGGAGCAAAAUAAAGACGAGAAUGCAAAAAGAUACACCAAACUUGCAAGUAAAGUUGAGAAUAUUGUUGUUUAUCUUCCUUGGCUUCGUGUGUUUGUUGUCGUGUGUGUGUGUGUGUGUGUGUGUGUGUGUGUGUGUGUGUGUGUGUGCGGAUGUUUCCUUGCGUGUUUGCUUUGUUUCUUUUUUUUUUCUUGUCGUUUUCUUUCUUUUAUCUUCGUCUUUUGUUUGUUGUGUUUUUUUCCACCUUUAUUUUAAUUUUUGUUUUGUUUUUCCUUUAUUAUCUUAACUGGUGCCUUUCUCCAUCUGUUUAUUUGUGUUUCCCUUCUUCCUUACGUGUGUGUGUGUGUGUGUGUGUGUGUGUGUGUGCCUUUUUCUUCUAUUUAGUAUGUACCGUGUGCCUCCUUCCCCUCCCCCCACCCCAACACACGCACACGCUACCCCACCACUCUCCCCCCACACACCCACUCCUCCCCCCCAACCGAGCACUGCCGUCUAUGUUCCGUUGGUCCAUAUGUGUCAAGAAGAUGCAGGUGUGUAGUUCAUGUGUGUCUAUAUGUGUCAUGUGCUUCGAUACACACACACACACACACACACACACACACACACACACACACACACACACACACACACACACACACACACACACACACAUACAAAUUUUACUUCCUUUUUUCUUUUUUUUUGUUCUAUUUCUUUUUUUCUGCUAUGUACUUUUUCUUUUUUUUCCUUCGUUUGUUUCUCAAUUUAUUUCUUUCCUUUUUUUUUUUUCGUUUUCUUUGUGUAUCGUAUUUUUAUUUAUGUCUUUAUUUUAUCUUUUGUUCUUCCAUUUAUAUAUUUUUUUUUCUUUCUACUUUAUCUUUUUAUUCUGUUUUCUGCUCCUCCUCUCCUUCCCUCCCUCCCUUCUUCCCUCCCUUCUUUUAUCUCCUUCCUUUCUUCCUUCCUUCCUUCCUUUCUUCCUUCCUCUUUUCUCCAUCUGUUUUCCUCUCGUAUUCUCUUUCAUUUCCCAUCUGUAUUCCUCCUCCUCCUCCUCCUCGUCCUCCUCCUCUUGCUCCUCCUCCUCCUCUUACUUAAUCCCAGCCUCCAGGUACAACCUCAUAGCACAGUGAGCGAAACAAAAAAAUAAUCUUGAACGCUCCUUUUAGUUCCGUUAGUUCAAUUUCCACUCGCGUCUCAGUUUCGAGUGUCUUGUUUUUUUUAUUUAUUUUUUUUCUUUUUCGUAUUUUUUUUUUUCAGUAAAUGGUCGACAUCAUGUUUCGUCACCUGCAGACUCUGUAUAUGAACAGUGAAUGAUAAUAACAGUACUAGUUUUACAUGUAUAAUUCUUUGUUUUUGUAAUGUAUAGGUUAAAAAAAAUAAAGAAAGAAGGGUUGGGGAAUUAAUAUUGACUUGAAGUAAAAUAUUGUGUGUAUUUUUUUUUUUUUUUUUUGGAGGGGAAGUGAAAAACAAAAUCUGAAAGCAUUUUGUACCUGUAAUUAGAAGGUCUCUUUAUGUACCGUUCUGAAUUGUACGUACCUGUUUCUCUUAAGUGACUAUCCCUAAUGACUCACUCACUCACUCACUCACCUGUCUGAAUUGUAAUUAGUGUAAGUGCAGUACACCUCACCUGUGAUCUUCAACAUCUGACAAUAUUACUACCUGUUAGUGAAGCAAGUGUGCCCCGUCUCACCUGUACUUCACUUCUGUUCCACCUUUGUCUCCUCCUCCUUUCAUCCUCCUCCGAUUCUCCUCCUACCUUUCCUCCACUUAUUCUCCACCUUUCCUCUGCUUAUCCUCUCCUCCUUCCACCUGUUGUCGAGCUGAAUACUCACUUUUAAUGCACUUUUGUCUCUCGUUCACUUGUGCUCCACCUGCCCUCCACUUAUUCUUCAUAAUUGACUUUAUGCAUUUCCUACCUGUCCUCCACUUCUCCUCCACUUUUUGUCCACUUUUCAUCCACCUCUCCUCCACCUGUUCACUCAGUAAUUAACCCACCUUUGUCCCUCUCGCCUCCACGAUUAACAUUGACUAAUUAACCUGAGUAUCCUGGAAUAAGCACAUCUGUUCUUCUCCUCCUCACCUGUGUUCAUUCACCUGUUCAUUAUUGUUCACCUUCGUUUGUAACUAUUUUUCUUUCUUUUUCUUUUUCUCGUUUUGAUGUUUUUCUUUUUUUUUCUUUUGUUUUUUUUAUUUCUGUUCGUUUAUUUGUGAUUUUUAUUUUGUUUUGUUUCCUUUCAUUUACUCUUUUUUUUACUUAUUCUCUUUCUUUUUCGUGUAUUUCUUUAUUGUUCCUUUUUUUUAUUUUCUUGAGUAUCUAUUCUUUUUCCUCUUCCUUCCAAUUUACGUUUUCCUCUUUUCUUUUUUUUAUCUUGAGGAAAUUAAACAAUAUUUUCCUUCUAUCCCUUUAUGCAUUAAUUUACCCUACGUAUUUUCCUUUUCUUCAAUAUUUUCCCCUCUCAUUUUUCUUCCAUUCACUUAAUUUCCCUUCCAUUUCAUGAUUAGCAUUUCUUUUUCCAUCUGACAAUUCAUCACUAUUUUUUAACCCUUUUUCUUUUCUUUUUAUACAAUCUACACUUUCUAAUAUUAACCUUUGGCCUUCCCUCACGUGGAAUAUUCUUACUUAUGUUUCUAUCAUGCUAUUCGUUUCCACUUUCAUCUUCACUACAUUCAAAUAUAUAUACAUUCCUAUUUGUGUCUCGUUUUCUAUUGUAGUUUGGUUUAUUUAUUUAUUUAUUUAUUCUUAUUUGUCUUUUUUUUUUCUAUGGUGAGUUUUUAUAUAUAUUUUUUCAUAUUUGUUAUCUUUUUUCUUCUUUUCCUUUUACUUUUUUUUCUGGUAGUUCUGUUCUUUUUUUCAUUUUUCUUGCGUAGUUUUAAUUUUUUUUAAUUAUACAUGUGGUUCUUUUCUUUUUUUUUUCAUUUUUUUUUUUGUAUUUUUCAUUUUUAUUCUUAUUUUAUCGUCCUUAUCUUGUGUUUUGUUCUCUCAUUAUCCUCCUUUUUUUUUUUGGUCUAUUUUUCCUUGUUAUAUUUAAUCUUUCAAUUUCUUUAUCCUCAAUACAGUAAUUUUUAUCGACUUUUCCCUCAUUGUGUUCCAUUUAUCAUCUUUAUUUUCUCUUACCAUACUUAUUUUAUCAUUUUCCUUGUUUCUUUUCUUUUUUUUUCUUUCUAUACGUAUGUUGUAAUUUUCCUCUCUUUUUUUUUAUCUCCUUUCAUCAUAGUCUACGUAUCUUAACAGUUUUCUUUUCUUUCUGUCUUUCUCUUUAUUUAUUUUUCAUUUUUGUGUCAUUUUCAAAUUCACAACAACAAAUCGUUUUCUUUUUUUUUUAUCUUUUUCUGUUCUUUUCUUUGUCUUUCUUUUUUUUAUCUGUUUUUUUUUUCUUUACGUUAUUUUCCAUUUCACAUACCAGAGCCUUCACCACUACCACCACCACCACCACCACCACCACCACCACCACAAAAAUAAAUAAACAAAUAAAAGGGAUCUUGUAUGUUAGCUCUUAGUUUUUUAUGUAUUUGGUGAAUCUUCUACAUCUUAAUAAUAAAAAUGAAUAAAAUCAA